AUGACUUCCGGCACCGACCUUCCCUGCAGCCGGGGAGUCGACUGAACGAAUUCCGGUGCGAAGGUUUGUUGUUGUCAUACCAUGCCACGAAACUAUAUUCGAAAAACUGACUGGGGCUCAGCAACCUAUGAGGAACUGGAGAAAGCUUUUGUUGAAGUCAAGCUUGGGAAAUCCAUCAGAACAGUGGCAAAAGAGAGAAAUAUUGGCAGGUCAACCCUGCAGAGGUACGUGAAAAAGGCAGAAGGAAAACGGGAAAAAACUGUAGGGUACAGAGGAACAGCAGAAGCGCAGAGGAUCUUUUCCAAAGAGUUAGAAGCGGAACUGUCAGAAAACAUAAAGACGUUAGCCGGACGCCUCCAUGCUGUUACUCCAAAGAAGUGCCGUCAAAUGGCCUUUGAAUUGGCCCAAAAGUAUAACAUUCCUGUACCAAACAACUGGGGAGAGCAGAGAUUGGCAGGCCGAGAUUGGUCCAGUAGUUUCAUAGCCCGCCACAACCUCUACUGCCAUAUAACUGAAACAACAUCUUUGGCAAGUCGUGGACAGGUCAUCUGUUAUAGUUUCGUCGACAAAGAUGAAAUGAAGAAAGAAAUCAGAGAGGAAAAUGAUGUCAUUGUCCCGCUUCAUGAAGUUUUGGAGGAUGAGAGUGCUGAGAUUUGUGAUUCGAGUCAAGACAUUUUAAACAGUGACUUGUUUCUCACGUAAUAUUUAUAGGAUUGGCUAAAAAAACUUUUCAAACAUUUUGACUAACAACCUUUUUCUUCUUGUUUUCUUUUUUUCCCCCAUAUCAUAAAUAGAGUAAAUAAAAAUAGGUGCCUACACCUAUUAAUAAUCCCUGCAUUAUAAAGUUGUUUGUUUAUAUUAUGUAUAAAACGAUUAUUUAAUUGUGUUGUUUAUUUGUUCUUUCAUUUAAAAUGUAUAGGCUACUCUUGAUCCUAAUCUAAACCCACAUCUUAAACUAAAUCUACCAACACACCUGUACACAACAAGUGCAAUGUACUAAGAUAUGUAAUUGACAGUUAAGUAAAACCCAAAAUGCUAAUUUGUAGACAUUAUUAUUAAUCAUAAUUUUAACUAUAACUUUUCCCCUCAUCUUCCGUGAAACAUAUACUGUAUAGGCAGGAGCAUUUCCAAUUUAUUAGUUUUAAGAUGCUAUAGGAAUAACAAAAUGUGUCCUCAACAUGACUGUAAGGUUACACUUUAUUUUACAGUGCUCAUGUUACAGUGUAAUUAAACAUUUAAGUACUGAGUAAAAAUAAUUAACUACAUGUACUAACUACAGGGUUAGGGUUAGGAUUAGGGUGUGGUUUAGAGGUUAAUUACAUGUAAUUAUGCAUAAUGUAUAAUAAAUACUGUAGCAAAUACAUUUAACAUGUGUUACAAGGUCACCGGAAAAUAAAGUAUUACCGACUGUUGUAUUUAAAAUAUUUCAUAUGUUAAUUUUGUUGCUUUUUGCACAAGGAUAUUAAUUGAGAUGUUUAUUUAUGAUAUCACAACUAGGUAAAUUGUAUUUUUUUUCUGUGGUUUGAGUGAAUGCUUUCAUUGGCUUUUAAUUUUAUAUGCCAUUUUAAUUUAUUUUAAUAUAGCCAUGCUAAAUACACUUCCUUAUAAUAAGUUGUCCUACACAGUUGACAGUUCUUUCUAUCUGCAGAGCAGUUUAUUUUUCCAGCAAGAAAAUUACCUCUCAAGGAGCAAUGUGGAGAUUUUAGCGGCAUCUAGCGGUGAGGUGGAGACAAUGCAACCAACAGCUCACUCCAUCCCUCCCUUUCGAAGCACUACGGUCGCUUCACAGAUCAAAAAUGUUGUCGCGUUUUCACUUUCUUUGCAGAAGGAGAUUACAAAUUUACGAAAGACGCUGUGUAGAGCAGUUUUUCCGUUUAUAGUUUAGAUGGCGAAUUCCAUGCAAGGAGACACGCUUUUCAUUAUGUAAGGUCUUUAUACACCUCUUAAAAAAUAGUUGUGUGUAUUAUUUUGCAUUUUUGUCUAUAGAUAAAUAAAAAACUAGACACUGGACUGGACCUUUAAAUAAAUGAGAAGGAAAAGGAAUAAAGAACUAAUAUGUAAUAAUACUAAUAUAUCAUCUGUAAAGUAUCGUGUCAACUAGUUGAACAUUGUCAGCUUUAAGACAUCCAAUGGUGUUUAAAUAGAUUCCAAAAAUUAGUCCUGCUAAACCAAAAAAGAUAUUUUGAAGAAUGUUGGUAACCACACACCUCCAUUGUAUAGCCAAAAAAACCACUGAGACAUUUUUUAAAUGUCUUGUUUUUUGUUCUACAGAAGAAAGUCAUGCAUGUUUGGAAUUAAUGAGGGCGAAUAAAAACUUAGUUGUAUUUUGAUUGAACUAUCCCUUUAAGAAGAGU